AUGGCAGUAGAACCUGAAAAGAAAAGAGGAAGACCCAAAAAGUCUGUGGCAGCAGAUGUUCCCUGCGACAGUUUGAACAUAUCUCUAUCUGAUGUUUCAGUAAGCAAAAGGCCUAGAAGAAACGCUUCGAGAAAAGCAGUUGCAAAUUUGGCGCAAUUAGUGAAUGUUGACCGCGAUGAUGCGAUAAAUACUCCACAAGUGAUUAGUGUUGAUGACACCGACGAUGAUGAUUUUAUUAUGAAUGAGGAAGCGGAAAGUGAGGAAAGUGAGGAUGUUGAGAUAGAAAGUGAGAAUGAUCAGAGGCCUGCUGAAAAGGAAGUCACUCAUCUAAAUGAUGAUAGAAGCGGUGCUUCUGAUCAACCAAAAGGUAAGAGAAAGAUCGAACAAAAACCUCGUCCUAAAAAGAUUUUGACCAAAAACGUGAAGAGCCACCCCGGGUCAAGUCUAGAACAGAAGGGACGUCCCAUUAGACUCCUAAAAGAUCUUUCAAGCGCUAGAGAUAAGAUUGAAAGAAUUUACGGGCUGAAUAAGGAAAAGUUACUACAGCUAGCAAAAGUUAAGGAAGGGUUCGAAACUAGCGUUUUCGAUUUCCCGUUAAAGAAUAUCCAGCCUGAUUCCCCCUAUUUCGUGUGCCUACAACCACCAUGUAAAAGGGAGAAUGUAUAUGAUAAAAUUAUUGGGAACAAGAAUAAAACCGUAUACCAUGAAAUUAAUAAGAUAGAGUUUGAAAAUAUGGUUGAAUUGAGGAAAAAAAGACUGAAUUUACUUGUCGGUGAUGUGGAUGCAGUGAUAUCAACCGGCGAUAAAAUAGAGUUUCCCGUGCUCCCUAACGGGAGAAGAAAUGGAUUCAUUUACAAUGUAGGAGGACUGGUAACAGAUAUUGCGUGGCUCAACAUAGAAAAAAAUAACGAAACAGGCAAAGAAAUACAAUAUCUUGCCGUUGCCGUAUCACAGUACGUGGAUGAGCCUUUAAAUGAACAUUUGGAAAUGUUUGACAAAGAAAAACACUCCUCCUGCAUACAAAUUUUUAAAAUAAACACAUCCUCACUACAGUUUGUAAAGGUCCAAACCAUUGUACACUCAUUUGGUGAAGUUUGGGACCUUAAAUGGCACGAAGGAUGUUGCACAUCUCAUCUGGUUGGUUGUUUAUCAUUUGUAACUCAGGAAGGUACAGUAAAUUUCUUGGAAAUCAUUGAAAGCACAACUGAUCUUCACGUAUUUAAAAUAUGUGAAAAGCCGUCUCUGGUCUUGUCAUUGGCCGACAGUUUAAUAACCAGUUUUGAUUUUUUGUCUCCCACCACUGUUGUUUGCGGUUUUAAAAACGGAUUUGUGGCAGAAUUUGACUUAACCGAGCCAGAAUUGCCUUCAUUUUAUGAACAAGUCCAUGAUUCAUACAUAAUAUCUGUUUCAACUGGCUAUUCAAACUUUGAAGAUACAGUCGUCAGUACAGUAUCCGUAGACGGCUUUUUUUACGUUUUUAACCCAAAGCACAUUGCUACAACAAAAACGACGAUCUCUAGAUUCAGAGGAAGCAACUUGGUUCCAGUCGUCUAUUGUCCUCAAAUCUAUUCGUAUAUCUAUUCAGAUGGUGCUAGUUCAUUAAGGGCUGUGCCGCCCAGAGCUGCUUUUGCAGUUCACCCUUUAGUAUCACGAGAAACAACUAUAACGGCUAUUGGAGUUUCACGACUACAUCCAAUGGUUCUUGCUGGAUCAGCUGAUGGAAGCCUGAUUAUAACGAAUGCAGCCAGACGCCUUCUUCAUGGUAUUAAAAAUGCUUCGGCGACUCAAAAGUCAUUAAGACUUUGGAAAUGGGAUUAUAGCAUAAAAGAUGACAAAUAUAGAAUGGAUAGCGCUUAUGAAGUCUAUCCGCUGACAGUUAAUGAUGUGAGUAAAGCUAAAAUAGAUGCCCACGGAAUUAAUAUAACGUGUACAAAAUGGAAUGAAACAAGUCUAGGAGGUAAGUGUUACGUAUUCUCCAAUAGCGCUGGACUAUUGACACUUGAAUAUCUGUGA